AUGAUGCGUUGUAGUUUAUGUGAAAAAUAUGACAAAAGAAGAAAUAUCAAUGGAAAAGAAAACAUUUGGUGUACUACAGGUAAUGGAACAUUUUUACUUGAUAAGAUAAAGCAGCACAAAGACAAUGACGUUCAUCAACAAGCUGAAGAAAUCGAAUUGAAAAUAUCAUCUCGAACACAACCAUCUCGGACCGAAACACAAGCAAAACAAAUUUCAAAACAGGAACUAGCAGUUCAAAACCUGAUGCUCGCCUCAAUUUAUUUUUGUCGUCAAUAUCAAUCAUUGAAUUGUUUGGAAGAAUUGUGUAUUUUACUUGAAAAACUUGGUGUUCAAUUAUUACCUUCGAUAAUAUCUGGUGUGAAUUAUCGGAAUAACGAUGCUGCUUUAUCCUUUCUUCGACAUGUUACAUUUUAUUUGCACAAAGAAUUGGUCAAGAAAGUAAAAGCUAGUACUGUAAAAGCAUGGAUGAUGGAUGAGUCGACGUCGAGAACAGUUGAAAAAAGUUGUAUUGUUUAUGUUCGGUAUCUUGAAAAUAAUCAGCCAAAAACAUCGUUUUAUUCGUUACUUAAUAUGGAACGUGAUGGAACUGCUGAGAACAUAGUCAAAACAAUCAGCAGUCUCUGGCUAACAGAUGAUUUGGAUCCAGCUAACACAUGCUGGUUUGCAAGUGACAAUGCAUCGACAUUCACAGGAAUAAAUGAAGGUGUGGUAGCAGAACUACGACGCCGUUUCAGAAUAGAUUGGCUUGAAUCCAACACAUGUACUGCACAUUCAUUUAGCUUGGUUGGUAAUGGAGCAUCGUGGACAAUUGAUCCAAAUACUGGUAAAUCAGUUAUCGUUGAAAUUGUUUCGAAUUUAGAAACAACGAUUGGAAAGAUGUAUAAUUACUUUGGAAGAAGUCCAAAUCGUCAACAAAAGUUAAAAGAUUGGCAAAAUUUCUUAGAUAUGCCGGAAUUAAAAUUCAAGCGAAUUUACGAUAUCCGUUGGUCUUCUAUACAAGGGUGUAUUAAACCUAUUAUUCAAAAUGUGCAGCCAAUACACAUUCAACGUUUACUCGAAGAACUCGACAAACGAUUUGCUCCAUCACCAAUAUUAGAGUGUAUGACUCUUUUGUUUGAUCCACGUUACCUGAUCGAACACAAGAAAGAUAUUGAUUGUCCAGCUUAUGGUCGACAAGAAUUGAAUUUUAUUCGAAAUAAAUAUAAAGAUCUUCUUGGAUUUGAUUUCUAUGCUAUUCAAAAUGAAUAG